AUGGCGAAGAUCUGCCUCGCAGCCAUCCCAGGAUCCUCGGACUCCUACGAAGUUGUCGACGAGUCUACACCGAAGCAAUCGAAACCCUCUACGCAAAAAAACAGCUUCUACUUUGAAGGCGGCACAAUCCUCCCCCGCUGGAGCGAGAUCGUACCUCCAGCCCGCCUCAGUCUCAUCCGACACAUCACGCUCGAAUCCCCCACAUGCUGCUGGGGCCGCACCCCGAGCGUCCAGGUUUGGAGCGACAUGAUCAAAGCCGCCAAAGGGCUGAAGCGUCUUCAGAGUGUUACUGCGAUUCUCCUGCCGUGCGUGUGCAAUUACUCUGCGGUGCUGGACUUGCUGUAUCCAGUUCAAGAUGCGGAAGUUCCGGCUCUGGAAAUCUUGUAUCAGUUUGCUCAUGCUGAUUCAACGAAGGGGUCUUUGAAGGGUUUGGGGGCUGAUGGAGUAUUUGAGUUUUAG